AAAAAAACCCACUUUUUGGAAGCAGAGCUGUAAUUGAGAAGGAUUACAAAAUUUUUGAGAACCCUGUCUUCAGUAGCUGCAACAGCGAUUCAAUUGUGCAUUUGGUGAUUAUUGAGGUUUCUGGGGUGAUGGCUUUGAGGCGUAUGCUUGGGUAUUCGGAUGGAGAGUUAAUGAGAUCAGAUGCAAAACCUUGCACAAGACUAAUGAGACAAACUGCUGGGAUCUUUUCUGUUGGAGGAGCAUUAGGAUUUUGGAUUCUUUGCCGAUUGCACUAUGGUCCUAGAAUCACAGUUCCUAGAAGUCUUAGAUGGGCAACUUGUGGAGCUGUUACUGUGAGCUCAAGCACCGCUUUGCUAGUUCGUCUAUUUAGUCCUGAAUGUGAACCACAAAAUAUAGCUGCCUACGACAAGAAGGGAUGAAGUUUCUUUUCUUCAGAGAUCAGUAUGUAAAAGUUUUACAGUAAAACUGAGGCAUGAUGUCCUAUUUAAUUCUUGUCCAAGUUUUUAAGGAUUCUCCUUCCACAGGCAUAACACAUAAGGCUGCGUGUGUUAGCCAGUGGAGAACGACCAGCGUUUCAAUGCUAAAUUAUUUUCUCAAUGA